GCCGACAAUCUUGACAAUUAAUAAGAGUUGUUUCUUCUUCUAACCAAGACAAAGGCACAAGAAGAAAGAAAAAAGAAAAAAGAAAAAAGAAGAAAAAGAGGAGAAAAGAGAAGAGGUCGAUGGAGGCAAAGAUCCCAGUGGUGGAUUUCGAGAAACUUUCAUCAGAUGAAGAUGAGGUGAAGAAGCUAAGGGAAGCAUGUGAGAAAUGUGGGUGUUUCAGGAUCAUGAACCACCCCAUUCCACUAACUCUCAUGGCUGACAUGAAAUUAGUGGCUAAACACUUGCAUGAUCUUCCAAAGGAAAUAAAAAUGCGUAACAAAGGCAUCAUCCCUGACAGUGGCUAUGUGCCAUCGACUGUAACAAGUCCUCUCUACGAGGGUUUGGGAAUCUAUGACAUGUAUUCUUCACCCCAUGCACUUCAAGAUUUCUGCUCCCAGUUGAAUGUGUCACCCCAUCACAGGCAAAUAUUAGAGGCAUAUGGUCAAGCAAUCCAUGACUUGGCAUCAAAUGUAUCACAAAAGAUGGCUGAGUCUUUGGGCAUAAUGAGUUUUGAUUUCAAGGAUUGGCCAUUCAUUUUUAGGAUUAUUAAAUAUAAUUUCACCCCACAAGAUAUAGGCACCAUGGGAGUACAACUACACUCAGACACAGGAUUUAU